UCAGGUUCACAGAACAAUGACACCAAAAGACAGUUUCUUCUAGAAAGACUACUGGAUGCAGUGAAACAGUGUCAAAUACGGUUUGGAGGAAGAAAAGAAAUUGCAUCAGACACUGAUAGCAGAGUCACUUGUUUGUGUGCUCAGUUUGAAGCUGUGUUCCAGCAUGGCCUGAGGAGGAGCAGAGGAUUGGCUUUAACAGCAGCAGCGAUCAAACAGGCGGCAGGUUUCUCCAGUAAAACUGAAACAGAGCCUGUGUUUUGGUAUUACGUGAAGGAGGUGCUGAGCAGGCACGAGCUGCAGCGCUUCUACUCUCUGAAGACAAUCAGCACGGAUGCUGGCCGAGGCCGGGCCUGGCUGCGCUGUGCCUUGAACGAGCACUCCCUGGAGAGAUACGUUCACAUGCUGCUGGCGGACAGGAGCCGGCUCAGUGUCUUCUAUGAAGACUGGUCAUUUUUGAUGGAUGAAGAACGUUCUAGUAUGAUCCCUACAAUGGCAGCUGGUCUGAACUCCAUUCUUUUUGCAAUCAACAUUGAUAAUAAGGAUCUGAAUGGGCAGAGUAAAUGUGCACCCACCGUAUCCGAUUUGUUAAAGGAAUCAACACAAAAUGUAACCUCAUUAUUGAAGGAAUCCACUCAGGGUGUUAGCAGCCUUCUUAGAGAGAUAACUGCAUCCUCUGCUGUCUCCGUUCUAAUAAGACCCGAUCAAGACGCUGACCUGCUUCCUGUUCUCUCAAGGAGUGUCAAUGCUGACAUGAAAUAUAAAAAAGAUCGGAAAAAGAAGAAGAGAGUGACAAAUAUUAUCUCAUUUGAUGAAGAGGAAGAUGAGCAAAAUUUGGGAGAUGCCACGAAGGCUCUGAUUACUGGGGAAAGUUCAGAGGAAGGUGUAGACAGAUCUUCAGUUUUUGUAUUACCCUCAGUACCCUCAUCUGAAAGUACUCUCGGGAAGAAUUUGAAUGGGAAUGAAAGUAACUGUUCAUGGAAGAACAAUUCAGUAUUCAUGAAUGGAGAAUAUGAGUACCAGAAACUAGAUGUGAAGAGUAUUGAUGAUGAAGAUGCAGAUGAGGAUGAGUUAUAUGGAAAAACGUUCAGAAAUAAAGGUGCAGAAGGUGAAACUGAAGCUGCCGAAAAGUCUCGUGAAGUAGGCACGUGCAAUUCUCAGAUUUGCAGUUGGACUCCUCUGCAGGUCCUGAAUGAUGACUCAGAUGUUCUGUUUCCUGUCAGUGCUGUUGGCUCUUACUCCCAAACAGAUAACUUGGAGAAUGGAGAAGGGCAUGAACAUAUUGUUCAUGCAGUAGAACUGGUUCCAAGAAGAUCUGAUCUUCCUUACAGAGUUGAAGUCAGUCCUCCGGCUCAAGUGAAUACUUCAAGCAAUAUCUUGCCUUCAGCCACUGUGCCAGAGUCCAUGACAAUUAAUGAACUCCGUCAAGCUAUUGUGGCCAUGAUGAAUAGAAAGGAUGAACUGGAAGAACAGAAUAGAUCUCUGAGAAUUCUGCUUGAUGGAGAGAUGGAGCAUUCUGCAGCACUAAGACAAGAAAUGGACAACUGGAGAAGGAAAGUGGCAGAACAGGAAGAACGACAUGCCACGAAAGUCCAAGCCUUGGCAAGAGAAAAUGAGGUGCUAAAAGUGCAACUUAAGAAGUAUGUGGGAGCUGUUCAGAUGCUCAGAAGAGAAGGUCAAACAGUGGAAGUUCUGCCAAACAUUUGGAGCACUGAUGGUGAAUUUACUAUUCCAGAGCAAAAGCAAGUAGAAAACAAUGAGGAACUGGCGAGCUCUUACGAGAGGAAAUUGAUUGAGGUAGCUGAAAUGCAUGGAGAACUGAUUGAAUUCAAUGAGAGGCUGCACCGUGCUCUGAUGGCUAAAGAAGCUCUUGUGUCCCAGAUGAGACAAGAACUAAUUGAUUUGAGAGGGCCAGUCCCUGGAGAUUUGAGUCAGACGUCUGAAGAUCAGAGUUUGUCAGAUUUUGAAAUAUCAAACCGUGCUCUGAUUAAUGUUUGGAUUCCCUCAGUGUUUCUGCGUGGAAAAGCUGCUAAUGCAUUCCAUGUUUAUCAGGUUUAUAUUAGGAUAAAGGAUGAUGAAUGGAACGUUUAUCGAAGAUACGCAGAGUUCAGGAGCUUGCAUCAUAAAUUGCAGAAUAAAUACCAGCAAGUGAGGACUUUUAACUUUCCACCAAAGAAGGCCAUUGGAAACAAGGAUGCAAAGUUUGUAGAAGAGCGACGCAAGCAGCUGCAAAAUUACCUAAGGAACGUAAUGAACAAAAUUAUUCAAACUGUGCCAGAAUUCACAGCCAAUCCCAAAAAAGAGACUCUUAUUCAGCUGAUGCCCUUUUUUGUUGAUAUUCCACCUUCUGAAGAACCAGUAAGCAAAAGCAAUCACUCAAGAGUGACUACACGCUUCCCCAAGCUGUCUCGCAGCCAUCAAAGAGAGCCACGAAGCCUGGAACCUCAGAGUGGUGAUCUUUGA